AUGCUUGCCACAGAGGCAGGCCGCGCCCUGCGUGCGGGCGCCGACUACCUGCACUUGGAUGUCAUGGAUGGCCACUUUGUUCCGGCCAUCUCCUUUGGACCAAAAGUCAUCGCCAACUUGCGGAAGCAUCACCCGAAGGUCUUUUUUGACUGCCAUAUGAUGGUGGAGAAGCCCGAGGAGCAAGUUGAGGCGAUAGCCGAGGCAAAGGCCCUCCAUCCAGAGAGUGGCAAAAACUUGCUGCAGUUCACCUUCCACAUCGAAACCACAGAGCCCCGAGGAAUAACGCAGAAAGUUAUUGACCUCGUCAAACAAAAUGGCAUGCUCGUCGGCAUCGCCUUGAGUCCAGCCACACCGAUUGAGCAAGUGCAGCCGUACCUCGAUCAGGUGGACAUGGCACUUGUCAUGACAGUUGUGCCUGGCAAAGGAGGCCAAUCUUUCAUGGUGGAGAUGAUGGAGAAAGUCCGCUUUGUUCGUGCAAAAUAUCCUGACAAGGACAUUGAGGUGGAUGGCGGUGUCAAGGUGCACACCGUGGACGAAGCUGCCAAAGCUGGUGCCAAUAUGAUUGUUUCCGGCACUGGCGUGUACAAGGUGGAUGACAUGGCAUUGGCAAUUGCCACAAUGAGGAGAAGUGUGGAACUACACGGAAAUGGUUUAGCGGAAGAAAAGCUCUCACCCCUGAGAUACGACAAAGAGAUUUUCACGUAG